AUGCGCACUACGCAGCAGUGCCAACUGGUCGCAAUUGCACUCAUCCUCAUCGUCGCCGUCUUCUUCUUCCACCAGAGUUGGAGCGAUCUGGACGAUUCACCAGGCAACGUAAAGGCAGGUGGAGGCGCAUACGAGGCAAAGGAAGAGCCAGGAGACGCUCUAGAAGAGCCAUCGGGCAAUUCUCAGAACUGGAAACAGGUGGUUUUGGAUGAACUGGCGUCAGCGAAGAAGGAGGCCGAGGCCGAGGCCGAGGCCGCAAAGUCGACGAGCAGCACGCUCAGUAUACCUCCGUCAGGUAUCAGUACCUUGCGCUAUCAGGCACUAGCCACGACCAGUCCGGUCCCACGGAUACCUCAUCCAGACCCAUCCAGGAUUACCCCGACAUACGACCGUGUGGUUGUAGUGGGAAGACUCGACAAAGAAGACACCAGAUGGGUCUUUGAUAAGCUUCCAGACUGGCAACAUGCCGUCUAUGUGAUUGACAAUCCGAGCAGUGCGAAUAUGCACACCAUUAUGAACAAAGGACGCGAGGCCAUGGCCUACCUUACCUAUAUAAUCGAGAAUUAUGAGACACUACCUGCGACUAUCGUCUUCGUCAAAUCCCACCGAGCCCGAUUCGUGACAAAGGGCCACCAUGAGGGUGCUGGGUACGACGCGGUGGAACUGCUCCGCACGUUCAACAUCGAUUUUGUUCAGCGGAAUGGCUACGCAAGUCUCCGGUGCGCUGAAAGCAGCGUGGAGUGUUCACGCGAAGACCAGCCGUUCGUGAGACCGUGGGAAGAUGUUGGACUUCCCGAUAAUGUCAUGUCGGAGGCCUGGCGAAUGCUGUUCAGGACACCCAAGGUCCCCAAGAAGGUUGCAGGCCCCUUGCCUGGAGAAUUUGCUGUUUCAAGACAACAAGUGAGGAAGCGGCCUUUGUCUGAGUACCAACACUACCUCGACUGGUUGAUUCGAACGCCGUUGGAUGAUGAAACAUCUGGCAAGGUGUUUGAGAAGCUGUGGCAUGUCAUAUUCGGACAGAGCCCGAUAUACUGCCCUGAAACAGCUCAAUGCUACUGUGACCUCUACAAGAAAUGCUGA